GCUAGCAUUGUGAUGGGCGAAACGAACAAAAGAACUUAUAUACGCAAAGCAACGCCGGAUGACAUUUAUCUUACGCAAAGCAUCGUCAAUUUGGUGAACCGAACAUUUCGAAGUGACAGCUUCUCCGAUACGGAAAUCUUUCCCGACAACGAGCGCGUUACAUUCGAAGAGAUUGAAAACCUGAUAGUUGAAAGUGGUGGAAAAUCGAGUGCGCUCUGGUUCGCUUUCGAUCAACAGUGGGUACAAGAGCACGGCAAGUACGAAGAAGUCAUUGUCGGUGCAGUGAAAAUCGGCCCGUAUAAUUUCCGUAGCCACAAGGAUAGUUGCAUCCUCGAAAUCUUCGCCAUUUCCCCUGAAUAUCGAAAGCGUGGUCUAGGCAGCUUUCUAGCUCAGGAAGCACUAAAGUAUGCAAAGGAGUCAGGAUAUACGACAGCGUAUUUAAUGGUCCUCGACUCAAAACCGAAACUGCUUGAUUGGUGUCGACGGGCGCUAGGAUUUGAAGAGAUUUACACUGUAAAAUAUACAGGACGUCAUAAGAUCAACAGGGAUGCAGCCGUAGUUGUAUUAAAGAGAGAAUUGUUUUACAAAGGUUUAUUAUAGUUUCGCCAAUUAUUUGUAUGCAUGUUAGAUAAAAUC